AGCGGGGUCACGGCCAGGGCGCCGCGAGCCGGGACACCCAGCGUGCGGGGCUCUCGGCAGGUCUGGUGGUCCGCCGCCCGGCGCCAUGUCCCGGAACCUGCGCACCGCGCUCAUCUUCGGCGGCUUCGUCUCCCUGAUCGGCGCCGCCUUCUACCCUAUCUACUUCCGGCCCCUAAUGCGGCUGGAGGAGUACCAGAAAGAGCAAGCCAUAAAUCGAGCUGGUAUCGUUCAAGAAGAUGUACAGCCACCAGGGUUAAAAGUGUGGUCUGAUCCAUUUGGCAGGAAAUGAGAAGGCUAUCAGCACCUCAAUUAUGAAAGACAUCUUCUUGCUUUCAAUUCUGCAGCAAGUACAAUAAAUGGCCUCGCUACAGAACAAUGGCUGAAGAAGAAAAGUCUGUAAAGCUGAAAAUAAGAGCACUAUGCACAUGGAUUAAUAUUUCCCUUCUUAAGUAUCAAAAGAACCCUGGAGCAAAUCACACCAUUAGGGAGGUUUUCAUGAUUCGCUUUACUUUCUAAAAAUGAAGCUCUCUCACCCAGCUGUGUUUGGAGGAGUUCUACUUAUUAUUCAGUCUCUGCUGCUUUCCCAGCCACACUGUGAUGUGAAUGCAAGCAGCCGGUAGACUUGGGAAGGUCCCAGGCUGUUUUACCGUCUCCCAAAUAGGAAAUUUCCAUGAAAAACCACUGUGCCGAGCAGCCUCAUAGGGCUCUUUGAAAAUGGUCCAGUUGAUAAAACUCUUUGAGGACAAGGUACUUCGUACUGCCUAAGAAUAACCAGUUCAACUUAACCAUCUCGCCGAAGGUUGCUGCGUGUUGGAAAAUAAAUAAAUACGGAGUUAAACUAAAUGGUAAUGCAGGCAGAGUAGAAAUCAGUGUUGCAUUAACAGAAGUGAGAAUGUGUAUAUUAAAAUGAUCCAUUUUUGAUUCA